GCGGCCCGGGCCGGAAGUCGCCCGGUUCUCGGGUGUGUGUCUGAGUCUGUGUCUGGAAGCGGCUCGCGGCCCGGGACAGGCGCUGGGGAUUCCCAUCUGAAGCGUCACCUGUAUCACUACAAUCUCCCACGGAGCCACUACGAGAGGGGAGUAGACCCGGCCCUUCGCCGGGCAGAGAAGAUGUUGCCUCUGUCCAUCAAGGACGAUGAAUACAAACCACCCAAGUUCAAUCUGUUCCGCAAGAUCUCAGGCUGGUUUAGGUCUAUCCUGUCGGACAAGACGUCUCGGAACCUGUUUUUCUUCCUGUGCCUGAACCUCUCUUUCGCUUUUGUUGAACUACUCUACGGCAUCUGGAGCAACUGCUUAGGUUUGAUUUCCGACUCUUUUCACAUGUUUUUCGAUAGCACUGCCAUUUUGGCUGGAUUGGCAGCAUCUGUUAUUUCAAAAUGGAGAGAUAAUGAUGCUUUCUCUUAUGGGUAUGUUAGAGCGGAGGUUCUGGCUGGCUUUGUCAAUGGCCUGUUUUUGAUCUUCACUGCUUUUUUUAUUUUCUCAGAAGGAGUUGAGAGAGCAUUAGCCCCUCCAGAUGUGCAUCAUGAGAGACUGCUUCUUGUUUCAAUUCUUGGGUUUGUGGUAAACCUAGUAGGAAUAUUUGUUUUCAAGCAUGGAGGUCAUGGACAUUCUCAUGGCUCUGGCCAUGGACACAGUCAUUCUCUCUUUAAUGGUGCUCUGGAUCAGACGCAUGGCCAUGCAGACCACUGCCAUAGUCAUGAAUUGAAACAUGGUGCUGCACAUAGCCAUGAUCAUGCUCAUGGACAUGGACACUUUCACUCUCAUGAUGGCCCCUCCUUAAAAGAAACAACAGGACCCAGUAGACAGAUUUUACAAGGUGUAUUUUUACACAUUCUAGCAGAUACACUUGGGAGUAUUGGUGUAAUUGCCUCUGCCAUCAUGAUGCAGAAUUUUGGUCUGAUGAUAGCAGAUCCUAUUUGUUCAAUCCUGAUAGCCAUGCUCAUAGUUAUAAGUGUUAUUCCUCUCUUAAGAGAGUCUGUUGGAAUAUUAAUGCAGAGAACUCCUCCGCUUUUGGAAAAUACUUUACCUCAGUGCUAUCAGAGGGUGCAGCAGUUGCAAGGAGUUUACAGUUUACAAGAACAGCAUUUCUGGACCUUAUGUUCUGAUGUUUAUGUUGGGACCUUGAAAUUAGUAGUAGCACCUGAUGCGGAUGCCAGGUGGAUUUUAAGCCAAACGCAUAACAUUUUUACUCAGGCCGGAGUGAGACAGCUUUAUGUACAGAUUGACUUUGCGGCCAUGUAAUGAGUGAAAAGAAACUAUGCUUUUUGGGGGGACCUAAUUUUUCUGGUACUGUACAAUCCUAAACAUUGUACCUAGCUUUCUAAAAAGAGAAAUCGUCACUACAACUCCCCAGCGCCAAGUAGACCAGGUGGAGUCCACCGUUUGUGCUCUGCCGGGAGUUUACAACUAAGGGGUCAGAAGUAAGAGGACCUCUCCUGGACUUCUGGUCUUGUCUUUGUGCUCUUCUCACCAGACCAUUUUGAUUUCUGAGGUUUCUAGUUUGGUUCCAGGGUAAUGUUUUCUCGGUGUUGUUUCCUUUUUUUUUUUUUUUUUUCAUUUCAAAUGCCCUCACUCCCACCCCUCAUCCUAGCCAGUAAGAAAUUCAGACUGUGGGUCUCUAAUCAUCUGGAAUGUCUUCACUGAAGCUGCUGGAAACCACUGCUUUCAUUCCCACAAAACCAGUGUUAUUUUAAAAAAGAAAAAAAAAAAAGAAAUGGAAAUCUGUUUUAUAUGUAAUGUCACAGUUGUUGACGUUUUUCAAUAUAAUCAUAUGUUUGUGAAAUUGUUUGUACCUUGCAAACUUAUGAACCAAACCAUAUUGGGUUUUCAAAGUGCCUUUGUAUCAGAAAAUGUAUUUGCCAGCAUAGAAAUGUUCCAUCAGAGGUCAUGUGUAUUUUUUUUUAAUGGGUAUUCUGUAUUCUGUACAAAAUAAGACUCUUGUUAGUAACAUAUACAGAUGUCUUUUUGUGUACUUCAAGCAUAGGUUUAGAUACAGAAAAAUUUGCCUUUUAUUGCUCUCUCAUCAAAAAAUAAAAGGUGUUAUUUUGCUUUUUAAAUCAAAUUCAGUUAUUAAAUUAUUUUGUGGACUGUGUUUUCAAAACUUUGCAGAUGCUUCUGUUAUACAGACAGGUGUUUUGACUUAUGACAUCUGCUGAAUUUCAAAUUUCUAAAAAGCUACUGUGUCUAUGAUAAACUUUCCUGUAUCUCUUUGCUGUUUUUAAAGAUUCUCUUAAUGAAAGGGAAAAGCAUAUAGAAUGAAAGCAGAAAAGGUUGUGACAAUGUUAUUUUGCUUUUUCGUUUUUCAAAUGCCAAGUCCUAUAAUUUGUUUUCCUAUGCAAGCAUUGCAAAAAUACAGUUGCUUUCAGGAAUCCUAAAAUGGCAUUUUACUGAGUUUGAAGUAUUGAAGGUAUGGAGUAAAUGUGCUAAUGUAGAACUCCUAACACAAGUAUCUUGGAAGUUCAUAAAUAAAUUGAUUUCUAGGUUCUUGUUUAUUUGAAAAAUAAAAUUGCAAUUUGAGAUAAGUGCUCGAACGCUCUA